AUGCCUGCUUAUCACUCAACUUUGACAGACUACACCCAGUCUGUAGGCAACUUAGCUUUGCUGCCACUACGUACCACAUUCCGAGGUCCAGCUCCGCUGAGCCCAAAGAUUGAACUUGACAUUGUUGAUGAAGCCCUCAACUAUUUUAAAGCUAACGUAUUUUUCAGAUUUUAUGAGAUUAAGUCGGAUGCUGAUAGAGUCCUCAUUUACCUGACCUUGUAUAUUUCCGAGUGCUUGAAACGUCUCCAAAAAUGUGCCAACAAAAACCAGGGACAACAAGAGAUGUAUAUGCUGGCCAUAUCUAAAUUUGACAUUCCUGGAGACUACAGCUUUCCUCUUAACUCUGUGUAUGCUAAGCCAACUAGCACUCAGGAGGCUGAUUUGAUGCGACAAUACUUACAGCAAAUGAGACAUGAGACUGGCGCCCGUGUCUGUGAUAAGGUAUUCGAUACAGAGGAUGGUAAGCCAAGCAAGUGGUGGCUCUGCUUUGCUAAGAGGAAAUUCAUGGACAAGUCCCUCUCGGGUCCUGGACAGUAA